AGAUACGAAACCGAGAACGGUAUCCGGUCUAUCGCAUCGGGCGGUCUGAAGAAUCCCGGUACACCGGACGAGGCUCAGGUCAUCCAGGGCUCCUACUCGUACACGGCGCCCGACGGGACACCCAUCCAGGUCACCUACUACGCUGACGAAACAGGCUUCCACGCCGAGGGCGCACAUCUGCCAGUUCCGCCUCCCAUUCCCGAGGCAAUUGCUAGGAGCCUAGAGUACCUCAGAUCGCUUCCUCCCCCUCCAGUGAUGACGAGAUCAAGAAGAAGAAGUAGUAGUUGAUUGAAUUGAUAUGGAGACUAUCGAUACAUUUGAAACAUAUCGAAGCAUAGUAUAAUCGAUAUGAAGGAUUAUCAACAU